GUGUUCCGGCGCCAUUUUGCUACAGUUCGUGACACGCCGCAGCAGCGCAAAGUUUCAGCCAGCGACAUAAACAAGCUUAUAGUCGCUUUCGGGGGAUUCUUUUGUUCGAGAUGAGUGGCUGUCGUGUUUUCAUCGGCCAUCUGAGCCCUCAUGCCAGAGAGAGGGACGUGGAGAAGUUUUUUAAAGGAUAUGGCAGAAUCAGGGAAAUCAAUUUGAAGAAUGGUUUUGGGUUUGUGGAGUUUGAUGACUACAGAGAUGCAGAUGAUGCUGUGUAUGAGUUGAAUGGAAAAGACUUAUGCAAUGAAAGGGUGACUGUUGAGCAUGCGCGAUCCAAGAGAGGUGGAGGUAGAGGAGGCGGUCCAGGCAUGGGACGUUUUAGCAGUUAUGGCUACCCUUCGUCCCGCAGUGCAGGAUCCAGAUAUGGGCCCCCUGUGCGCACAGACUACAGGCUGGUCGUGAAGAACCUCUCCACGCGCAUUAGCUGGCAGGACCUUAAAGACUUGAUGAGAAAAGCUGGAGAGGUCACUUUUGUGGAUGCUCACCGACCCAUUCAAAACGAAGGUGUGGUGGAGUUUGCUUCCCGAAGUGAUAUGAAGAAUGCCCUCUCCAAACUGGAUGGGACUGACUUGAAUGGACGCAAAAUCAAGCUGUAUGAGGACUCCAAAGAUCGUAGCCGCUCACGCAGUUACUCGAGAAGCCGCUCCCGGAGCCGUGGUCGCUCCAGGUCCCGUUCCAGGGGCCGCAGCAGGUCCAGGUCUAGGAGCAGGUCCAGGAGCCGAUCCAGAGGCAGCCGGACUCCUGAGAAGAAGAACUCUGGAUCCAACAAGAACUCCAACAAGUCCCCUCCAAGGUCAAAGUCUCGAUCCAAGUCCCACUCUAGGUCUAAAUCUCGGUCCAAAUCCAAGUCCAGAUCUCGCUCCCCUGUUCAGAAAGCACAAUCCCGCCCCCAGGCUCGCUCUAAAUCUCCCUCCAAAUCUCGCUCAAAAUCUCGCUCCAAGUCCCACUCCAAAUCCCGUUCCAAGUCUCCCUCCAAAUCUCGCUCUAAGUCCAAAUCCAAGUCCAGAUCUAGAUCUCGAUCCAGAUCUCGUUCAGCCUCAGCUGACAGCAAACACUGAAACUUCCCUUGCAUUACAAGACUAUUGGCAAUCUUAAUUUGUUUUGGAAAUGGAGAGGAGAAUAUUGCCUUCCACUUGGCGGCGUCUUUUUAGCUUAACUCCCAUCUUAAAUGUGGCCAAGAGCAGCUCUGAUUUAAGUAAUUUAUUUUUGGAAAAUUUAAUUUUUUGUUUCAUAACAAUUAAAAUUUACUUAAAUCAAUGGACUUUAUUUUAAUAACUUUUGUUGGAGAAAGCACGCAGCCUGAGAGGCCUUGUAGCUCUACGAACCCCCUAUUGCUUUGUAUUGGGCUGUAAGGUAACAUUAGGUGAUGCAUUUAUUUUUACAUUGAUGUUAAACUGUGAUUAACUUCUAAAAGGCACUAACAAGAUCCUAGUUUGGCCAUUAAAUCUAAAAGAAAUCUCAUUGGUAAUGUGUAAAGCUUUGCAGUAAUCUUGUUAUCCAAAUUUUAUAGACAGAAGUGUAUCAGGGCCUUGUCUGUUGAAUGUCUUUUUUUUUUUAGUUUACUGAUUUGUUAAAUGUUGUCAUUCCAACAGGAAAUUGUUUGUUCACUUGAUUUGAUACUAAUUAAACCAUACAUUUUCUUUAUGUAGCAGUGUCCUGAAGCUGUGCUGUGUACUGUUAAUUUCUUUAAAAAUGUUGAAUGUGAAAUUAAGCUUGCAUAUUCAGGAAAAUAAAACUUAAUAAAAAUAA